UACCACAAAUAACUGAAAAGUGAAAUCUAUAAUUUUAUGCAUGUUAAACUAUUAAACAAAGUUACAUUAAAAAAAAGAAAAAUAUUGAACAAAUUAAUUCCUAAGUUGUCCAAAUCUUCAUACGCAGUUCCAGAGGGUCUUAAAGGUUGUAGAUUAUUCAAUGCUGUGGAUUUUGGGAAACCGAGAAUUAUUUCAUUGGUUGCAAGCCAUGAACUUAAGAGGUUGUGGAGUUUUUAUUGAAAUGAGCUAAUUGGACUUGAUAGAAUUUGGGGUGUUAUGGCACUAGUACAGGAGGCUUAUUUUUCUUACUUCAUAAAGGAGGUUUGGUGAGCCUUGGCUAGAAUGAACUAAAUACAGACACGAGCUUCAUAUAUGGCUAUUCCUUUUGCUAAUGCUCGGUCAAUAGUCUUGGAUUGGUAACUUCAGAAUUUGGAGCAUGGAAGGGAGGCUCUCCUCAUAGGAAGUGACUAACUUGAUUUCUCCACUUUGGUCAUUAUUUUGGUAGUGUGGAUAAAAGGAAAACAAGACCUUUUGGGAGAUAUAAAGUUCUUUCUCCAUCAUGGAUCAUUCCAUGUGUACUCUUGAACUAUUUUUAUUUACUUUCAUGUGUACUCUCGUACUCUUUUAUUUAAUAAACAUGCUUAUACCGAUGAAAAGAAUUUUAGAGGCCCAACUGAAUUUCUGUUGACCUUAAGAAUUUUUGGCCUGGUGGUUUUUCAAUAAAUUCUUUUCUAAUAAUGAAAGAAUUAACAAAUGAUAAGCCUACAGAAACAAGCAAUUACUGUUAUCAAUGUUUAUCUAAGGUCAGAGAAUUCAGAGAGUUGGACAUAUUAUGUGUUUACACUAUCUUUGUUAAUGUAUCACUCUAUCAUGUCUAAUAAUUUUGGAAUUUACAGACUUUAGCUGCAGCGAGAAUGCUGACAUCAACUGGGCCUGCGGGUCAAACUCAUUGGGGUGACUCAGCAGCAAACAAUCCAUCACCUGCCACAAAUUCUGCGGAUGCCCAGUUGAAGCAAGAACUUGCUGCAAUAUUUAAGAAAAUUGGUGACAAGCAAACAUGCAGUAUUGGCCUUUAUGAGCUUUACCGAAUUACGCAACUAUACCCAAAGGUUGAUAUAUUUUCUCAGCUCCAGAAUGCUAGUGAGGCAUUUCGUACUUACAUUAGAGAUGGGUUAGCCCAGAUGGAGAAGAAUGCAGCAGCUGGCAGGACUCCUUCAAGUUUACCAUUGUCAACCCCUCCUCCAGCUUCCUUAACUGUUUCCUCCCCUGAAUUUGCCCCUCUAUCCCCAGUACAUGCAAAUUCUUUGAAUGAUGCAAAGUUGCUAAAUGUAAAACCUGAACCAACAAAUUUUAAUCUACCACCAUCAUAUAUUGAUGACAGCAGGACCAACACUGCAAUUACUUCAAGAGGCCUCAUCUCUGAAAACACACUGGGUGACCAAAGGAACGAAAGAUUUAUUAGUGGAG